CAGGCAGGAGGUUGUUGUUGGGCGCCGCCAUAACCAAGCUGCUGGUUGUGCUGGUGGAGAGGCGCAGGUGGCUGAGCCAGUGCUGCCCUGUGAGCUCCCUCCCCGCAGGAGCCUCUGCAGGACCCCCGACUCGUGAGAAGCUGGGAAGGGUGUAGCCCUGCAGCCUGCUACAUGCUUCCCAGGCUGGAGAACAUGAACACACCUUCAGUGUUGGUGUCUUUUGAAGAUGUGGCUGUGGACUUUACCCAGGAAGAAUGGAAGACAAUGGACAAUACUCAGCAGACUCUGUACAGAGAGGUGAUGCUUGAGACCUAUAACAAUCUGCUGUCCUUGGGGUACUCCAUGACAAAGCCUGAUGUGAUCUUCAAGUUGGAGCAAGAAUCAGCACCAUGGACAUCAAACAUGAGCGUACAUUACAGAAUGCACAUUGGGGAAAAACCUUAUGAAUGUACUGAGUGUGGAAAAUGCUUUUAUUAUAAGCCACACCUCAUUGCACAUCAGAGAAUCCACUCUGGGGAAAAGCCUUAUGAAUGUAGUUGGUGUGGAAAAGCUUUUCUUCAUAAGUCAAGUAUAAUCAUACAUCAGAGAAUCCACACUGGGGAAAAACCUUAUGAAUGUAGUGAGUGUGGAAAAGCUUUUACCAACCAGUCAGAUUUCACUCGUCAUCAGAGAAGGCACACAGGUGAAAAACCUUAUGAAUGCAGUGAGUGUGGAAAAGCUUUUGUUUGUAAGUCAAACCUGAUUAGACAUCAGAGAAUUCACACUGGGGAAAAACCUUAUGAAUGUAGUGAGUGUGGAAAAGGGUUUUCUCAGAUUCCACACCUCUUUACACAUCAGAGAAUGCACACAGGGGAAAAACCUUAUGGAUGUAGUGAGUGUGGAAAAGCUUUUGUUGAAACGUCACAGCUCAUUAGACAUCAGAGAAUCCACACAGGGGAGAAACCCUAUAAAUGUAGUGAGUGUGGAAAAGCUUUUUCUGAUAAGUCAAGCAUUAGAUCUCAUCAGAGAAUCCACACUGGGGAGAAACCUUAUGAAUGUAAAGAGUGUGGAAAAGCUUUUUCUCAGAAGUCACACCUAAUCAGACAUUGGAUGAUCCACACAGGGGGAGAAACCUUACGAAUGUAG